GUUUGGGUUUGGAUCUUUGAUUUUGAUUUGAUGUUCUUUGGUUAUGUCUCCUCUUUGGUUAUGUUUCGACUCUCGGGAAAGUAGGUGACCUAAGUGUGAUUUUAAAUAAUUUAAUAAAUAUACUUCAUUGUUUCCAAAUCCCAUCAGUGGUAAUGCCAAUAAAUAAUAAAAAGUAAUUAUAAAUUGAAUAGUGUGCCAAAAUAACAAUUCCUUCAUAAUGUGGCUAGAAGAGUUUGAUGAAAUUUUCAAAGGGUUUUUACCUUAUUACUUGCUUAUCGUUUUGCCGAUUUUCAUCAUUGUCUCUCCAGUAAAUCCAGUGGCAUCGUCUUCAGAAUUCCCAGCAUUUCGAAUGCAGCAUUAUGAUUUGCAUGGUAUAGCACAUGGUUGCAGGAGUGCUGGUAUCAACUUGGAAGCUAAAUCUCUCACAGGUUGGAGUACUCCACGGCACUGUGUUCUAACAAAGUUGAAAGACUUGACUGUAGACAAUUUUCGAAACAUCAAAUUGAAGGCAGGAGCACUCUUGAUAAUGCUCCCAGAAAAUAUUUCAAAUUUGAAUGUUGAAGAGCAACAUCACCUUCUUCUAUUAGAGAAUGCAAUGGUUGUGCAAGAAGUGUCUAUUCCUGUGUAUUUUGCUAAAUAUUCAUCACAACUUGAAAUAAUCAUCAGUGAAGUUACUGAUAACUUGGAUACUAAUGAUAUGAGCAAAUCUGCAGCAGAAGCACUUUUUAACUCUAUAGCAGCCAAUGGAUACCAAAUAGUAGUCUCAUCCAGCAGUCUUGGUAUCAAAACAGAUGCAAAAGUAGCUAGUAUACAUGGUCACUUGCCUGGUCAUAGUACUGAUGGAAAAAUUCCAACAAUAGCAAUUGUGGCACAUUAUGAUAGUUUUGGAGCUGCACCAGAAUUGUCUUAUGGAGCAGACUCAAAUGGAUCUGGUGUCAUCAUACUUCUUGAACUCGUCAGAUUAUUCUCCAGUCUCUAUACAGAAAAGGGCAGAAAUACUCAUGGAAAAUACAAUAUUGUGUUCUUAUUGUCAGGAGGUGGUAAAAUAAACUAUCAGGGAAGUAAAAAAUGGUUAGAGGAUCAACUUGAUUCUUUGGAUGGAUCUAUUAUUCAGGAAGUUUCUUAUGUGAUGUGUCUGGAUACAUUGGCAUCAAAUGAAUCCAUCUACAUGCAUGUGUCAAAACCACCAAAAGAGGGUUCUGCAUCCUCAAGCUUCUACAAAGAACUCAAAACUACUGCAGCCGAAUUGUACCCUUCAGUAACAGUAGAAGGGGUGCACAAAAAAAUUAACUUGGCUGACGAUAUUUUGGGAUGGGAACAUGAACGGUUUAGUAUAAGGCGAUUGCCGGCUUUCACAUUAUCGUCACUGAAGAAUCACAAAGAUCUCAGGAAGUCAACAAUUAUGGAUACCAAAGAGGGUCUAGAUAUUGAUAGGCUAGUAAUAAAUACCAAGUUGAUUGCAGAAGCACUAGCAAGGCAUAUAUAUGGUGUUACAAAUGGUAGUGUACUUGGACUCAGUGUGGAUGUAAAUAGAAAAUAUAUAGAAACUUGGGUAAACUACCUAUGCAGUCAACCUAGGUCACCUCAACUCUUGAGUGAUAAAGACAAUGCACUGAUAGCAGUUUUAAAAGACAAUUUCAAUAAAUAUUUGAGGGAAGUCAAGGUGACCAAUGCUGUUCCUGAUAAGAGAGAUCCUGACUUUCAGUUUUAUCAAGUCACAAGUGGAACUGUGAAUGUCUACAGUGUGAAACCAGCAGUAUUCGAUCUCAUAUUAACCAUAGCAAUAGUUUUGUACCUGGGAGCAAUAUACUUAUUCAUCGAGCGUUUCUCGAUACUAUAUUCUCUUGCCUGUACAUUAACGGUUAAUAGAAAGAUAAAAUCGCAAUGAUUAUCCGGUAAGGCAAGUACCAAACUGUUAACUAUUGUUUUAGAUUGAUUGCUAAAUGUUUUUAGAGUAUUUUUUGUUUGUUUUGAAUGUGAUGAAUGUUCGAAUUAAUAAGAUUCUAGGUGGAGUAUUGUGAUGGCAAUCUACUAGGUGCCUGUUCAAAGAAAUUGUAGUGUUGCUCAUUG